GAUCAAAAUUUCAGAAGAAAAAUAUGCCAUAGUCGUGCAGACCAUAGAAGUCAUAACAAAUAGAAAAUAAUAUAAUCAUAGCCUAUUCAUUGGUUGAAUUGAUAGAUUUAUACAAAUACUGGAUAAUAAAAUAUUCCCGUGCGCAAUAAAAUGCUGCGGCAGUUACAUCGAACAGAAUCGCAAUUGGCUGGCUUCUCCAAUUGGCACAGAACUGCUUUUAUCUCUGAUAGGAUAUGGACGCAAUACAAACAAUUAUCUCCAGAUGAGCAAAGAUCUAAGGGACUUGAAAGGAUAUUUUUCAAAAACCAAAUUAUUUCUAUCAUCUGAACACAAGUUGGGGAGUUCUUGCAAUAUUGACACAGAGAAAGUGGAUUUCAAAAAGUCUGAGGCUAUGGAAAAUAUUUGUAAAUGGGUAGAAGGCAAUGGCAUUCAAAACUGGGAUAUUAAAAAAUAUAUUUCAAAUCCUACCAAAUAUGUAUUAAUAAACAUUAGCAAUUUAAAGAUGGCCUGGUAUGCUGGUCAAAGCUGUGGUUCAGUUAUGACAAUUUAUAAUACUUUUAGUUACACGGAAGAUAUUAAAUAUGAAGCAAGGAUACUAGAACUACCACUGCAAAAUAAAGACUUCAAAGUUAUAAUUCUAGUGCCUAACGAAUUGGAUGUGCUUCAUAAAUUAUUCAACAAGUUAAUAAAAGAAGGUUUUAAUGCUGCUACAUGUAGUAUACAACCUCUUUUUACGGCACUGUCAGAAUUAAAAGCACCUAAGAUCGAAUUUCAAGCUAUAAAUCAACUUAUUUUAGAGGGUAACAACUGUGAUACUUUGCCCAAGACCUGCAUAAGCUUUGGACAUGUUAAGAUAAAUAAUAAUGGUGCUUUCGUGAAUUGUAUAACAUGUGUACUUUCAGAAAAAUCAACAACACAGGCCCCUUCAAUAACCAAAAAGAAUAUGGAAGACUCUUGUAAUGUAAAACCAUUUUUAUUCGCUAUAAAUUAUAGAGAUAAACCUAUAUUUACAGGCCAGUAUGUGAGCCCUGAGUAGGAAAUAAAAAUAGUUUUGUUAAGUAGAUUUUAAAUAAAUAAG